AUGUUUAAACAUCUCCCUUUCGCUGAAAUCACAGUACCUUCACCUGGCUUUGGUGCCAUGGGCAUUAGCCAUGGCUUGGGUAAUAAUUUAACACUUGAGCAAGCCGAGCCAGUGCUUUUGAAAGCCCUUGAACUCGGCUGCACUUUCUGGGACACUGCCGUUGUCUACAAAGCUGGCGUAAACGAACAGCUCUUGGGAGACUUCAUCAGGAAACAUCAAGUUUGUGACAAGAUAUUCAUUGCCUCUAAAUGUGGUAUCGAUUGCUUUGGCGACGGCUCUCUCACCAACUCUGCGUCCCACAUCAAGUCAUACAUUGAGGGCACGAUUGAGAGACUCGGGUUCACUCCUGACCUCUACUACCUCCACCGCAUCGAUCCCAAGACCCCUCUGGAGGAAUCGAUUAGCACUCUUGACGAACUUCGUAAGCAGGGCAAGACCAAGUAUAUCGGGAUCUCAGAGUGUUCUGCCGCAACACUUCGAAAAGCCAAUUCUAUUGCGAAGAUUGAUGCGUUGCAAGCUGAAUAUUCAGCAUUUGAAACGUUGCAUGAAACCGACGGCCUCAUUGAUGCUGCAAGAGAACUAGACAUUGCCUACGUAGCUUAUAGUCCCCUUGGCCAUGGGUGGUUGGUAGAUGACUUCCCAUACCAGAGCCCGGAUGACUUCGCAGAGAAUGACUUCCGGCGUGGUUCACCCAAGUUCCAGGGCGAGAACUUCUAUCACAAUAAGAAGAUCGUCGAGGAGAUCAAGAAGCUUGCAGCCCGGAAAAAAGUCAAAGUGACACAGAUUGCACUUGCAUGGGCUGCAGCUCAGGGCUUCAUUGCCAUUCCGGGAACAACAAAACCUGAGCGACUGGAAGAGAACUGGGCAUCACGAGAUAUUGAGCUUGACGACCAAGAGAAGCGGGAGCUGAGACGGAUCAUAGACUCAGCAAAGCCGAAGGGCAACAGAUACGGUCCUGCUCACCAGGCUAUGGUGGGACAUUGA